ACUACACAUUCGUUACAACAAGAACAGAACAGCCUGACUCGGCGGUUCCGACCAAGAUGUCGCCGCAGCCACCGCAACGUAUUGGCUUGCCAUGGCCCGAGCUCAACGAUGGUUUGACAUACAAAGAUGUCGUCUCAUCUUCUGACUCAGAGUUAAGGACGGUGUCAGAUUUCUACUACAGCAAGUACAAGAGCUCAGCUCCAUUGCUUGGGUUCUACUCUUCUUCCCUCCUCCUCUACUCAUCUUCUACGUUUUCAUUCUUUAUUAAUAUCUUUUUUUCUUCUUUCAGGUGGAUUCAACGAAUCCAAAACGGACAGAUACAAGUUGAUGGGGAAGUUGUAAAAGAUCCCAACACACUCCUUAGGAGUGGUUCCAAGUUAGUUUACCAUAGGCUUCCUUGGAAGGAACCUGACACGCCUCACUCGCUAGAUAUUUUGUAUCAAGACGAUCAUUUGAUCGCUUUAAACAAACCGUCUGGACUCCAAGUAUUGCCAGGAGGGCUUUUCCAGCAAAGAACUGUGUUGACGCAACUGCAGUGGUGUUUUGGUGAAUCACACCCUGUCCCUGUACAUCGACUAGGGAGAGGAACAUCAGGUAUACUUCUCUGUGCUAAGACAAAGCUUGCAAAAACUAAACUUUCAGCUUAUUUUGCUGAGGGGACGUCUCUUGUUGGGUCUGGCAACAUGGGUCAAGAGUGUGGAGCCGUAAGAAAAAUAUCAAAGAUAUAUCGAGCACUAGCAAGUGGUAUAGUUGAAGAAGACGAGGUAGUUAUCAAACAGCCUAUUGGGGUGGUUCGAUAUCCUGGCGUAGCAAAAGGAUUAUACGUUGCUUCUUCGGAAGGCAAACCUUCUUUCAGCAAAGUAAUCGUUUUGGAAAGGGACAGGCAGAGAGAUUGCACGCUGGUUAAGGUGGAGAUACAAUCUGGAAGACCACAUCAAAUCAGGAUUCAUCUUGCAUACAUUGGACAUCCUUUAGUAGGGGACCCACUUUAUGUUGCGGGAGGACAACCAAAGGGUGUUGAUCCAGAUCUUGUAGAUGCUACUACUACUUCUUUUGCUGAAGAUGGGGGCUACCAAAGACCUAAUCAAGCUGUUCCUGGGGAUUGCGGAUAUCAUCUUCAUGCACAUGAAGUAGAGAUACCAAACCUGUUGAACACUCAUAAGGUUGUAAAGGUAAUGGCGCCAUUACCACCAAUCCUCCAAACAAGUUACUUGGCAGAAGAAAAAGGCCUUUCCUCAUGCAAGUUAAGUUGAGUUAGUCUUUCACCAGACAACAUUAGAUGUUAUUCUUCAAGAGUUAUCUCUCUUUCCAUGUUAUUGUCAGCAACAAUACAAAUACAAACAUCAGCUAUGGAUUUUGUGGAGGCACCUAACUUAAGUUGAACCAAAAGAAGGAAAACAAAAUGCCUAUAAUGACUGACAUUUCUAAAUUAAGAAAAGAAAAAAGGACAAAAAAUGAGAUGAUAUGAUACAUGAUGACAAACAAAGAACUCCAAAACAAACUAAUAGUAAUGAUC